UUGCACGACUCUCCCACUCACAUCGAUACGACCAUGACUUCCGUUAUUACUGGCGCUGCCCAGGCGCUGCACUCCGCGGCUGCUGCUGCUCUUUCAAAGGCCCAGGUCAAGCCUGGGGACGUGGUCCCUGCCGAGAAGGUGAAGGAGGCGGGGAACGCUGCGCCCGAUGCUGCGUUCCCGCUCAAGCUCGAGGGGAAGAAUGUCAUUGUCGGCGUCCCCGGCGCGUUCACCGGCACCUGCACCAACCAGGUCCCGGGAUACAUCCAGAAGUACGACCAGUUCCAGGCGAAGGGCGUCAAUGAGAUAUACAUCGUCGCAGUGAACGACGCAUUCGUGUUGAAAGCAUGGAAGGAUCAGCUUGCUCCUUCAGGCACACCCGUCAAGUUCAUCGCAGACGAUCAAGGCAUCCUCACCUCGAAGCUCGGUCUGCUCUUCGACGCCUCCCCCCUUCUCGGCGCCCCGCGGUCGAAGCGCUAUGUGAUCAUCACCGAGGGCGACAAGGUGGUGACCGUGACCGUCGAGCCUGACCCCAGUGUGGUGACCACCACCGCGGCGGACGCUAUUCUUGCUCAGCUGUGAGAUGGGUAGCGGCGGACGGUUGUCAAUGUAAGAUAAGAUAAUGCAUAGACAGAGAAGAGAAAUUGCUUGUACGAUUGCAGGAUGGAAUAAGAUAACGUCGUUGGAACAAGUGACGGUG